AUGUAAAUUAGUGAGGAAUAGUUUUUCGAAUAGUUUCAAAUAAAGCUCAUUUAGCUAGCUAAGAUUAAAUAAAGAGAGGAGUAGUAAAAUAGAAACGGGGACAUUUAGCAGUCAGAACCCUUUGUAGAAGAUGACUUAAUUAGCGAAUUCAACCAUCUUAUAGAAAUACCUUUAAAUUAAUAAGGGAAAAUAUAGACUAAGAGUGAUACAAUGAAGAUAAGCGAUUUUGAAAUAUUUGCAACAUUAGGUACUGGAACAUUUGGUAGAGUGAGAUAAGUAAAACUUAAAGGGGAUACUAACAAAGAAAUAUUUGCUUUAAAAAUGCUAAAGAAAACAGAAAUAGUAAGAUUAAAUUAAGUUGAGCACAUAAAUUCAGAAAAGAAGAUUUUAUAGAGUGUGAAGCAUCCUUUUAUAGUAUAAAUGAAAUAGAGUUUUUAAGAUGAUAAAUACAUAUAUAUGCUUUUUGAGUAUAUUCAAGGAGGUGAAUUAUUUAGCAGACUAAGAAAAGAAGGCAGAUUUUCUAAUGAUGUAGGCUUAUUCUAUACCUGCUAAAUCUUGCUUGCUUUACAGUAUUUGCAUUAACAUGAUAUAGUUUAUAGAGAUUUAAAGCCAGAAAAUCUUCUUAUUGACAAGGAAGGCAAUAUUAAAAUAACUGACUUUGGAUUUGCUAAAAAAUUAGAUAAUGAUAGAACAUUUACUCUUUGUGGUACUCCAGAAUAUCUUGCUCCUGAAAUUAUAAAAGGUUCUAGAGUUGGCUAUGGAAAAUCAGUUGAUUGGUGGGCAUUGGGUAUAUUAGUAUUCGAAAUGCUUUCAGGGUAUCCUCCCUUUUAUGAUAAUGAACCUAUUGGCAUUUAUAAAAAGAUUAUAGCAGGUAUAAUAGAAUUCCCUCGUUUCUUUGACAAUAAAGCUAAAGAUUUAAUUAGAAAAUUACUAAACCCUGAUCUUAACUAUAGGUUAGGAGUUCAUGAUAAAGGAUAAAGUGUUUCCAAACAUAAAUGGUUUAGAGGUGUAGAUUGGGAAAGUGUAUUUAAUAAGGAUAUACCUGCUCCUUGGACUCCGUAACUCAGAAAUGAAUAAGAUGCAUCUUGCUUUGAAAAGUAUCCAGAUUCUUAAGAAGGAGCAAGAAGCCUACCAAGAGACCUCUAACAUCUCUUUGAAGAUUUUUGA